AUGGCAGUCCAACACAUCCAGGACGAAGUACUUCGCCGGUCACUCGAGGACCCUGAGAAGUUCUGGACUGCGCAAGCCGACCACGUCCACUGGCACAAGAAACCCGACAGAGCCCUGACGAAGCGCACCAAAACACUAAAGAGCGGUGCUAAGCAUGAGCACUGGAGCUGGUUUUCUGGGGGCCAGAUAUCGACCACGUUCAACUGUGUCGACAGGCAUGUCAUCAACGGAAAUGGAGAUAAGCUUGCCAUAUGCUGGGACAGCCCGGUUACGGGCCUCAAGGAGAAGUACACGUAUAGGCAACUGCUCCACGAGGUCGAGACGCUGGCAGGCGUACUUCGGGAGGAAGGUGUACAGAAGGGAGAUGUAGUGCUUAUCUACAUGCCCAUGAUACCAGCGGCUCUGUUUGCCAUGCUGGCUAUCGCCAGGAUCGGUGCCAUCCACGCCGUCGUGUUUGGCGGGUUCUCCUCCAACGCCUUGGCCCAACGCAUGGAAGCAUCCAAGCCGAAAGCCGUCAUGACAGCCUCAUGUGGCAUUGAAGGUACUAAAGGCCCCAUGGGUUACAAGAACCGGAUCGCUGACGAGAUAUCCCCUUGUUGGCAGAAGCUGCUCGAAGAAGCGGUCCGCAGAAGUUCCUUCAAACCCCUGAAAACCAUCAUUUGGCAACGUGGUGAGCUUCGAUGGGACCCUGUCCUGAAAGAGGAGGGGCAGCGGAACUGGCAGAGACUGGUCAAAAGCGCGAGAAACCGCGGGUUGAAAGCCGAGGCCGUACCCAUUGACAGCGCAGACGGCCUCUACAUCAUCUACACCAGCGGAACCACGGGACUUCCCAAAGGCGUCGUGCGAGAAGCCGGUGGCCACGCCGUCGGCCUGAACUUCUCCAUCAAAUAUCUCUUCGGGGUCCACGGACCGGGAGAUGUCAUGUUUACUGCGUCUGACAUUGGAUGGGUCGUAGGGCAUUCCUACAUUGUGUACGCCCCACUUCUAGCAGGCGCAACCACGGUGCUCUUCGAGGGCAAACCAGUGGGGACACCAGACGCGAGCACGUUUUGGAGAAUCGUCGAGGAGUACAAGGUGACGACCAUGUUCACGGCACCUACGGCGCUUCGAGCGAUACGCCGCGAAGACGCUGAUAACGAUUACUUUGAGCGGAUAUACGGGAGCAGAGGGGGGCUCAAGACGCUGCGUGCGCUCUUCCUGGCUGGCGAGCGUAGCGAACCGAGCAUUGUUGACAUGUACCAGCGUCUCCUCACAAAGCAUUGUGCUCCAGGCGCGCUGGUCAUCGACAACUGGUGGUCCAGCGAGAGUGGCAGCCCCAUCUCCGGAAUAGCCCUCAGCGCGGCCACUGGCCUGGACUUCAAGGCCACGUCUCGCCCGAAACCGCUACCCAUCAGGCCCGGAUCGGCUGGCAAGGCCAUGCCCGGGUUUGAUGUCCGCGUUGUUGACGACGAGGGCAACGAGUUGAAGAGGGGUUGCAUGGGGAACAUCGUCAUGGCGAUACCGUUGGGACCCACGGCAUUCACGACGCUAUGGCAGGACGACGAGAGGUUCUACCGUGGCUACCUCAAGAGGUUCAAAGGCAGGUGGGUCGACACGGGCGACGCGGGAAUGAUUGACGAGGAGGGAUACAUCUCCAUCAUGUCACGCUCCGACGACAUCAUCAAUGUGGCCGCCCAUCGGUUCAGCACGGGCGCCAUCGAACAGGCCGUCACAUCUCAUCCAAAUAUUGCGGAAGCGGCCGUGGUCGGCAUCCCGGAUCAACUCAAGGGCCAUCUCCCGUUUGCGUUUGUGACCCUCUCGACGCCUCACCACCCGCAUCCCGCAGUGCCCGACGAUGCCCUCUACCGAGAGGUACAGGGCCUCGUCCGAAGGCAGAUUGGCGCCAUUGCGAGCCUGGGCGGGAUGAUCCAGGGCAAGGGCAUGAUCCCGCGGACCCGGAGCGGCAAGACUCUGCGUCGCGUCCUGCGGGAACUGCUCGAGAACGCGACCCAUGGCGACUUGGACAAGGAAGUGCAGGUGCCGACGACGAUCGAGGACGCCGAGGUCAUCCAGGUGGCCAGGGCGAAGAUCAGGGAGUACUUCAGGGUGAAGGGCGCGGGCUUGCGCAAGGCCGUCGAGGUCAAGGCGAAACUUUGA